UUACGCGGCGGGGGCUCAGGCUCCUCAGGGUUAAAUCCUGAAGGUGUGUCGGGGGCGGGGGUGCAGCCUGGGCGCUCGGAGACCGCCGGGAAGAAGCGGCGAGGUAGUUAGCUGUGAGGAAGCCUGGAAAGGCAGCACAGGCGUGUGAAGAAGAACCUGCAUGAAGGGGAAACCCUCAAGCCUGAUCCCUCUAUCUAGCACUGCGGCAGAGGCAGAGGCUCACGGAGAGGAGAUCCUACCUUAGCAAAGCUAACAGGUGUCCUCACAAGAUGACAGCGGCCCCAGCACGCUGACCCCAGGGACAAAAGUGCUUUCCAUGCUGUACAUCAUCUGCUGAUGUCCCUUCGGUUAAAGCGAGCCAGAUGGCAGUACCCACUCGUUGCUGGAGAAGCCGUCACGAGGAAGCAAGUCCAGGGAAGCGAAUUUUGGGGAGCCUGUAUAGGGACAGCAUACAACCAAAAAUGUGGAACUUUUCUCUAACCUCUGGGGCCACAGAUAUUUUCCUCUGAAAGUGUAAAGACCAUCACUGCCUCUCAGAAGCCUCUUCUCUCCUCGCUGAUGUGUGCUGCGCUUUGCCCUCGAGCACCUCGGAGCAAGCAGCUCCCGCGGAUGCGGCUCCAUUCACCUUCGCUCCCAGCUCAGCUUCCGCAGUCUUCAGUGCUUCUAAGAUCAGGAGACAAUGACUAAGUCAGUGGGUAUGGUGACCUUUGAGGACGUGGCUGUGAGCUUCACCUCUGAGGAGUGGCAGGCCCUGGACGAUGUUCAGAGGACCGUCUACAGGGACGUGAUGCUGGAGACCUAUGGGAACCUGGCGUCCCUGGGGCGUUGCAUUGCUAAGCCCGAGGUGAUCAUCAGGUUGGAGCAAGGAGCAGACCCGUGCACUGUGGAAGGACCCCCAAACCAGAGGCUGUCAGAUGUCCACACUCUGGAUGAACCAACUGAGACCAAUCGGGAAAAUCAGGGCAGACAUCUGUGGGAAUUUGUCACCAACUGCAGAACAUCAACGCGGGUGACCAUGGUCACUGUCUGGGUGUGGCACCGUGAGACAUUGCAGCCAGGGGCAGGAAGCUGGCGCUGGAAGGGCCGGGUGGUGCUGUCAUUCUGUGAUUUCACAGGAAAAUCAACUAAGAGGAAGAAACAGUUCAACAAAAGCAAAAUGCUUUGGCUGCAGACACCUUGA